UCAGAGGGACAAGAAACUUCAUGCGGGUGGUGGAAUAUCCAGGAGAGGAGCAGAAAGGAAGUCCGGAUGGCAGCUGAAAACUUCACCUCCGUCCAGGAGUUCAUCUUGGUGGGACUUACCAACCAUCGCAAGACCCAGAUGUUGCUCUUUGUGGUCAUCCUCCUUACCUAUUCCUUUACCGUUUUGGGGAACCUGAUGAUCAUUGUCCUGGUGCUGACAGACUUCCACCUCCAGACACCGAUGUACUUCUUCCUCACAAACCUCUCGACCCUGGAGAUCUGUUUUGUCACGACCACUGAGCCCCAGAUGUUGGCUCACCUCAUGGCUGGAAAUGGAGUCCUCCCCUUCACUCAUUGUGUCGCCCAGAUGUACAUUGCUACCUCCCUGGCCAGUAUUGAAUGUUUUCUCUUGGCUGCCAUGGCCUAUGACCGCUACUUGGCCAUCUGCCGCCCUCUCGUCUACACAGUCGCCAUGGGUGGGUGGCACUCGCUGCAGUUAGCCUUUGCCUCCUGGGUGAUUGGCGCCAUUCUCGCUUCAAUAACUAUGUCCUCCAUCCUCCGCCUCCCCUUUUGUGGGCCCAACCGCAUAAACCACUUCUGCUGUGAGGCGCCACUGCUGUUGAAACUGUCAUGUGCCGACAUCCGAGUUACAGAGCAAAUAGUGGUCAUCUUCUCUUCGUUCAUCCUUCUAUUUCCCCUUUCUUUAAUCCUGACCUCUUAUGGGAUGAUUCUCUGGUCUGUGUUGCAAAUACGAUCGAAACUGCCUGGAAGAACGCCAAGGCUUUUCUCAUACAUCGCCCUCCCACCUGGCCGUGGUCUCCCUGUUCUACGCCACCGCCAUGUUCAUGCACCUGAUCCAAUUGCUUCGGCCAAGGUAAAUUCGAAUUAUGACAAGUGGAUUGCGGUUUUUUAUGCCGUGGUCACUCCCAUGCUGAACCCGAUCAUCUAUACCCUCAGGAACAAAGACGUUCAUGAUGCCGCAGCCAAGAUGAUGGGCCGGUGGGGCUUGAGCUACAGACACCAAGUAGUAUAG